UUGUAACGUCCGUCGGCUGUCCAGCGUUACGACAACUCAAGUUGUGUUGCCAUGCCGUAAAACACUUUCGUCCGACCUGCCAGUGGAGAGAGACAGAAGGCCUUAAAGCUUAUAUAUUUGUAGACGAUGAAAGCAGGAUUAUCAAAACGCACUUUCAUUUUAUAGACAGUAUUAUAGUCUUUCUCACAAUGAUCAUAGAGAAUGUUGAAGCCUUGAAGUCAUGGCUGGCAAAACUUCUGGAACCAAUUUGUGAUGCUGACCCCUCUGCAUUAGCCAACUAUGUGGUGGCUCUCGUGAAGAAGGACAAACCGGAGAAAGAUCUGAAGGCACUGUGUGCUGAUCAGCUCGAGGUCUUCCUACAAAAAGAGACAACAGGAUUUGUCGACAAACUCUUUGAAAGUCUGACAACCAAGAACUACCUUGGAAAUCCUGCUGCCAAGGAAGUACCGAAAGAAGAAGUCAAACCACCUGCAGUCAAAGCUGAGACCGUGGAGGCUGAAACUCUAGAGGAAGAGAGAGAAAAUCGACGGAGAAGAAGUCCUCUGAGAAACCGCCCUGACUUCAACGAUGCCCGGGGCCGCGACGACAGGAGGCGAGAUGAGCGCAAGCGCCGCGACUUUGACCGGCACGGGAAGAGCGGGGGCGAGUCCAACCGCGAGCGGGAGCGCCACGAGCGCCGCCGCGGCAGUCCCCGGGGGAGGAGCUACAGCCGCAGCCUCAGCCGGAGCAGGAGCGGCAGCCGAGGAAAGAGCAGGGACACGGAGCACAGGGGAGGCAGAGACUUCAAGUCAAAGUUUGAGCUAGAAAGGAAGGAUACGGACUGCUACAACUCUUCCAACAAAUCCGGCUCCCAGCAGCAGCAGCAGCAGCAGCAGCAGCAGCACCCGCCGCCUCUGCUGCCCCUGCCGACACCUCCGCACCAGUUUUCAUCCACGUCGUCCGCUGGAGUCUCCGGAGCUGGUGGGGUUCCCAUAGUGACGCCGGCUCACCUACCCGAUAGCACCACAGACAGCUGGUCCGGCUACUACGGCACCCAGCGGCUGGAUGGGGCCGGCAAGACUUUCGGCAGCAAGAGCGUCUCGCUCAAACAGCGCUGCAGGGAUUACGAUGAAAAGGGAUUUUGUGUUCGCGGUGACCUUUGUCCAUUCGACCACGGAAACGACCCGCUCAUCGUUGACGAUGUCAAUCUACCCAACAUGAUUCCGUUCCCUCCUCCGCCUGUCAUGCCCCCUACUGGCCUGCCCAGGCCCCCGAUCACUGAGCCACCCCCUCCUCUCAGGAUGCCUGCGAUGCCCCCCUUUGGCCAGCCUCCCCCACCAGGUGUCUUCCCCAUGAGUGGACCCCCACUGAUAGCAACCAGUGGAAUUGAUACUCCCAACCACCAAACGGCAAUCACUUCUUCCCCUCCUAUCGGACCACCUGGUGUGGGGCGGCCACCACCCACUCUUCCUCCUCCACCCUCCCCGUCCUCAUCAGUGUCUCUUCGUCCCCAAUAUGUCCAGUCCGAAUAUAACUACGAUCCAGAGGGCUAUAACCCAGAAUCGCCAGGCCUAACUGCAGCAGGUCGUAACCCGUAUCGCCAGUUCAUUCCCCGGGUGCAGACCCAGCGCUCCAACCUUAUUGGCCUCACCUCCAACGAAGGACAAGGAUCCAGAGCCGCCAACAUAGUGAUACAGACCGAACCUGCCACUGCAGCCAGCACUCCCGGAAAUAACGUGUGCCGCUUCAACGCGGAGCAGGACAACCGGAAGAGAACCAUCGGACCUAGUACGGCUGAGGGACCAAUAGUUAAAAAACCCUGGAUGGAGAAGCCGAACUUUAACAACCAGCAUAAGAACACUUUCCCCAAGAGGUGUUAUUAUGUGAACACCAAGUUGGAGGUGCGCAAGAUCCCUCGUGACCUCAACAACAUCGCCAAGCUCAACGAGCACUUCAGCAAGUUUGGAACCAUCGUGAAUAUCCAGGUGGUGUUUGGCGGAGACCCAGAGGCGGCGUUAAUCCAGUACACCAAGAACGAAGAAGCCAGGCGGGCCAUAUCCAGCACCGAGGCGGUUCUCAACAACCGCUUCAUCCGCGUGUAUUGGCACCGCGAGCCCGGCACCAAUGUGACAGGGCUCCAGGAGCAAAGUUCCGGCAGCCAGCCGGCCGGGUCGGCGGCCAGCCCGGCGCUGCUGCAGCAACAGCAGCAGCACGGCAACAUGCACAAGCAGGGUAUAAAGCAGCACAGUCCAGCCGCCUACGUGUUGAACAACAUUGUGCCCAAGCAUUGCGUGCCGGCGCUGCCGGGCCUCGCGGCCGGGACCAGACUGGACGGCCUGAACCCGAACGCAGACGCCCUCACUGUGGUGCCUGCACUGACUAACCCCCAGAAGAGCCCUUACACUUCCACAGGCCUCAAAUCCUCCUCAAAGAGCUUUGGGAGAACGGGAAAAGCACUAGAAGCACAGGAAGUCCUCAAGAAGAAACAGGAGGCGAUAAAACUCCAGCAGGACAUGAGAAAGAAGAAGCAAGAGAUGUUAAAGACACAGAUGGAAUGCCAGAAGGCCUUGAUAAACCGUCUGGACAAGAACCGAGGGAUGAAACCAGAGGAGCGAGCCAACAUCAUGAAGACGCUAAAGGAGCUGACGGAGAAGAUCGCACAGCUGCAGAAUGAAAUGAACCCCGCCUCCCAGGUAGCCAGUGUUAAACCAAACCACGGCCAGUCCAAGACAAAGACUGAUGCCCAAAAGGAAUUGCUGGACGCUGAGCUGGACUUUCACAAGAAGAUGAGCUCUGGGGAAGAUACAACAGACCUCAAGAGGAAGCUGGGACAGUUACAGGUGGAGGCGACUCGGUUGGGUCUGAUCCGAUCCCCAGCGGGUCGCGGUCGGGGCCGGGGAAAGAUGGCGCUGGAGCCCGGCUUGGUGCACGUGGGCCGCGGCAGGGGGCGGAGUCGGGAGAUGAUGGCGCGGUGUGGGAGCGUGAACCGUAUGGUGGUGGACCACAGACCCAGGGCCCUGGCCAUUUUGGGUGUCACUCAGGAGGAGAAGGAGGAGCUUAUGCCCCACUUUGUGAAUUUUGGCGAGAUUGAAGAUUUCCGCGACCAAGAUGCAAACAGUGUUGUCAUGACCUUUAAGACGAGAAGCGAAGCCGAGAAUGCAGCUAACCAGGGAGCAAAGUUCAAAGGUCGCGUGCUGCAGAUUUCCUGGUACAAGCCGAAGACGCCUUCGGUCGCAACGGAGCCGGAGGAGGAAGAAGCUAAAGAUGACGACACUACGAAGGAAGCUAGCUCGUAUUUACCCGGUGAGGAAGAGGAGGAGGAGGAAGAGGACGACGAUGAAGACGAUGAGUACGAGAGCCGGUCCUGGAGACGAUGAGGGCGUUGGGAGGCGUCUCGGCCGUACACGCGUACACAUAAAAUAAAUCCAAUAGACUUUUUUUUUUUUUUUUUUUUUUUUCCUUUCCAGUAUUUUCAAAGUGAAUCAUUUUAGAGCAAAUACUAAAGUCAAAACAUCUUUACUUGACUACAUCAAAAGGACUUUUGAGGGCAGACAGUUUUUGUAUCCCUCGGACUGAACACUUAAAAUAUCUCACUUUUGCUGAGAAAGCUAAAUGUUAAGUUGUUCUUUAUCAAUAGAAACACCUAAUGUAAGUUUUAGUGUGCAUACCAGAUGAUUAAUAUCAGUAAUGCACAACAUUUGUGUCUACUGUGAAUAGGUAUUUUUAUACAUACUGUAUUUAAACUUUUUCUCACCCGUUUUUUCUUUUCUUUUUUUUUUUGUUGAAAGAUCUUGUUCUCAGUUCAGACACAGCCAUUCCUUCACCAAUAGAACGUUCUGUGUGGCUCCCAGAGAGCUCUUUAUUUAUUUUCCCACUGCAUCAAUGCUCUGUGCCGUACGUAUGUUGUCGCAGCACGCUGUGGUUUUCCAUUUCACUUUGCUCUUUUAUAUGUUCAGGGAUGGUUGAGGCCGACAUGCUGAACUACACAAAUAGCUUUGACAGCGACUCCCUGUGGCGGCAUGAACGCCAACUAGCAGCAUGUUGUAUUCCAAGCAAACACCCGAAGGUGCUCGUAGCCCAACCGCAUUAGAGCCAGUGCAGGUACAGCAGGACACCCGAGUAAUAGGAAGGAGGGGGGAAAAAAAUCCAAACCAUGUUUACAAAUUCCCGUGUCCGUGCACGAUAAGUUUUCUGUAAAUCUUCAAACCCCGCCCCCCCGGACCCCACUCGCCUGCAUUUUGUUGGUCACUAAAUGUCCGUUGCCACUCUGUGUAAAUACGAACUCCUACUUGGUGUUUGACAUUUUCUAAGAGUGUAACAUCUUUCACUUUUUUUUUCCCAUCUGUCUCCUGGUCACCAAAGGCCGAGCGGGACACGAUCCCAUCACUUAUUUCCAAAAUGUGAGGUCCCCAGACAGGUGUUUGAAUGUAAUACUGAGCAGUUGAUUUUUUUUUAUAUAUAUAUAUAUAUAUAUAUAUAUAUAUAUAUAUAUAUAUAUAUAUUAUAUAAUUUCUUUGCCUUACACAGUCAGCGGAUGGCUGAAUUUUUACAAGAUGUUAUUUACUUUUGUAAAGUUUUGUAAAUGCUUGAAAGAGAAAUUACUGUUUGUUUUAGUUCAUUCUAAGCAGGUCACGGUUCAGUCAGGUAGAAAAGGUAAAGCGAGAGUGCUUUGCAUCUGUGCUUGAGGCAAGAACUUUUCCUUUUGUCUUAAACUAUGUUUUUAUUUCACUCAAAGUGUCAUCUAAGUAGGACAUUCAUUUUUUUUAAUUAUCUUUCUGAGCUGUGGAAACCACUCGCACUAUUAUUUUUAAAUAAGUGCAGCUUUUCCUGCACCUGAACAUUGUCAGCCAGUGCUCCCACCCCGCUCUCCCACAGCACGGGAACCUUUUUAUUUACCCGCAUUUGCAAAUAUUUUAGAUUUUUUUUUUUGACAAAUACUUUUGUUUACAUGCAGCCUAGUGAUGUUUUUCUUAGCGAACGUGUAUCAUAACAACUGAUCAUAUCUAAUAACACAACCAGUUGGAUGAACACACCAAAACGAGGGAAAGUAACUCAUUAGUAAACUGUAGCAGUCUGGCUUCUUUACACUGAAGUGCAGGUAGAGAUCUUCACGCAUGUAAAUAUACACAGAUUUCUGCCGUUGGAAUAGUCGGUAACUCGAGUUUCUACCGGCGAUGGUCUGCGUCGUUUAAAUAGCUCCCACCUUAACUGUCGCCUGUGCUCUCGUUUGGCAGUGACCUCGUUGUCCCAUUCGAGCCACGGAGCGCUGGGUCGGUCAGGUCAGGCGCGCCGUGGCACUCACUUCUUCAGUAUGGUUUUCCCGUGUGAUCAUUUUAUUUAUAUGAGGUCACUGGACCAACCUGUACAGGCAGGGUUCUGGCUUGUGAAAGUGAGGAUACAAAAAGACUCUCCCACUUUUUGUAUGAUCUUCUGUAUGCUAUUACAAUGGUGUAAAAAAAAAUGUAAAUGUUUAUUGGAUAAUAGUUUUGGAUUUGUUACUGUUUAUAUUUGCAGGAUGUUGAUGUAUUUUCUUCAUGUAUUUUGUUUGUAAAAAAAUGGAUUUCUAAUCUACUAGCAUGUUUGCUUUUGCCAAUAAAGAUGGAGGAAUGGGGUGCUUGGAAAAUGAUCAAAAAAAAGAGGGGAAAAACUAAUUCAAUUGGAUCUAACAAUGAAACAAACAAAAUUCAAAAUAUGAAAAUUGACCCAGAAAUGUCAAUUUUUGCAAGGGGGAAAAAAUGAGCGCAAAAGCAUUCCAAAAAUAUGACCUUAAA